AAAAAGGUUUCAGCACUCUGACAGAGGCAAAAUGAUAAGCCCAAGGUAAAUAUUAUACAAAAACAUAGAGAGAAAAAAAAAGGCAAAACAGCUGAUUUAGGAAAAUAAAUUCCCAAUUACGUUAAAGUCAACUUUAACAUUCACAAUCAUUUCAUGUUUUAGGUAGGGAAUAUACCCAUUUAUAUGAUGUCUCGUGCUGACCUACUGGUCAGACCUGUGUAGAACAGAAUUAGGAGUUACAUCAUUGUUUGCUUUAAGUUUUAUAUUAACAUACAUAAAAUCAAUACAUAAGGAUAAGGGUAAUCUUUGAUCCUAUAGCAAUUGAUAGACUGUAACUUUAAUAACAGCUUGUAUUUAACAUGUAUCCUUGGGUGCAGCAUGUGAGUAUCAGGUGUAGAUUAGGUAUUAGGUUUCAGUGUGUAAACCAUUACAUGAAGAUUGUAGUAGAAGUAGGUUUAAAAAAAAAAAAAAAUAAACCCUUUAGAAAAAAACUAAUAAAAUCUGUCAACAUUGAAGUUGCUGUUUAGUAGAUAGGAGAGUGCGCUGGAUCUUGUGUAUUGUUUAUUGUAUAAUAUGGCCCCCAGCAGCACCCCAUUUAAGCAUGUUCAGGUGAGUGCGACCAUCCCCCUAUGUUUUAUAUAUAAGUGGUCACUGGGUGACUUAGCAAUAAGGUAAGGAAAAAAACCUAGUCCAGUGGGUGUACCAGUAGUAAUAUGUUAGAGAUAUGUCCAGUAUGCCAAAGCAGGAGAAUUUAGAAGGAAAUACAGAGUGGGUGCAAGCAGUAGUAAUAUGGAAUUACCGUAAUUCCCUUAGAGUGCAGUAGAAGUAGUGAUGAGGGACAAAUGCUCAGUGGGUGCAGUGGGUACAGUGGGUGCCUUCGUGGAAGUGAUAAGGAACAGAUGACCAUUGGGUGCAGUAGUGAUAAGAAAUAGAACUGAUCCCAGUGGGUGCAGUAUAACUAGUGAUAAGGAGCAGGUACCCAGUGGGUUCACUAGUAGUGAUAAGAAAUAGAUGCCCACACUACUAGUAACGAUUAGGAGCAGAUCCCUAGGGGGCACAGUAGUAGUACAGAUAAUGAGCAGACGCCCAGUGGGCACAGUAGUAGUAGUGAUAAGGAGCAGAUCCCUAGGGGGCACACUAGUAGCAGAUCUCUAGGGGGCACACUAGUAGCAGAGCUAAUGAGCAGACACCCAGUGGGUGCAGUAGUAGUAGAUAUAAUGCUCAGACACCCAGUGGGUGCAGUAGUAGUAGAUAUAAUGCUCAGACACGAGACACCCAGUGGGUGCAGUAGUAGUAGAUAUAAUGCUCAGACACCCAGUGGGUGCAGUAGCAGUAGAUAUAAUGCUCAGACACCCAGUGGGUGCAGUAGCAGUAGAUAUAAUGCUCAGACACCCAGUGGAUGCAGUAGCAGUAGAUAUAAUGCUCAGACACCCAGUGGAUGCAGUAGCAGUAGAUAUAAUGCUCAGACACCCAGUGGGUGCAGUAGUAGUAGUGGAUAUAAUGCUCAGACACCCAGUGGGUGCAGUAGCAGUAGAUAUAAUGCUCAGACACCCAGUGGGUGCAGUAGUAGUAGAUAUAAUGCUCAGACAGCCAGUGGGUGCAGUAGUAGUAGAUAUAAUGCUCAGACACCCAGUGGGUGCAGUAGUAGUGGAUAUAAUGCACAGACACCCAGUGGGUGCAGUAGUAGUGGAUAUAAUGCUCAGACACCCAGUGGGUGCAGUAGUAGUGGAUAUAAUGCUCAGACACCCAGUGGGUGCAGUAGUAGUAGUGGAUAUAAUGCUCAGACACCCAGUGGGUGCAGUAGUAGUGGAUAUAAUGCUCAGACACCCAGUGGGUGCAGUAGUAGUGGAUAUAAUGCUCAGACACCCAGUGGGUGCAGUAGUAGUAGUAUAUAAUGCUCAGACACCCAGUGGGUGCAGUAGUAGUAGAUAUAAUGCUCAGACACCCAGUGGGUGCAGUAGUAGUGGAUAUAAUGCUCAGACACCCAGUGGGUGCAGUAGUAGUGGAUAUAAUGCUCAGACACCCAGUGGGUGCAGUAGCAGUAGGAUAUAAUGCUCAGACACCCAGUGGGUGCAGUAGUAGUGGAUAUAAUGCUCAGACACCCAAUGGGUGCAGCAGUAGUAGUGGAUAUAAUGCUCAGACACCCAGUGGGUGCAGUAGCAGUAGUGGAUAUAAUGCUCAGACACCCAGUGGGUGCAGUAGUAGUGGAUAUAAUGCUCAGACACCCAGUGGGUGCAGUAGUAGUGGAUAUAAUGCUCAGACACCCAGUGGGUGCAGUAGUAGUAGAUAUAAUGCUCAGACACCCAAUGGGUGCAGCAGUAGUAGUGGAUAUAAUGCUCAGACACCCAGUGGGUGCAGUAAUGUUUACCUGACCACAGCCACUCUCAUUUGUUGCGGUUGGAUGAUCCUCCAGACCCCUCUCAGGUACUCUCUGCAUAGGGUGUAGGCUCUCUGUUGGAGUUCCAGGCUAAUCUCCAGCCGGCGGCCUCCAGGAGACACUGGCCCCGGGGAUGCAGGGGGCGCCGGGGGUGCUGGGGGUGCGGGCUGGGCGGACAUGCUGUGUAUCGGGAGCUGCAGGCCAGAUACAGGAGUCACGAGGGACAGUGCGGGAACUGGGACGGUCACAGCCCGGCCAUCUCCCAAUACUGCGCUAUAGAAUAUGUCAGCGCUCUGCCUGCGACUUGGAUGUGAUGUGUCACCCGUCUGACUCUGACAGCCCCGCGUGGCCCCGCCCACUCCCGGCAGCACCAAUAGAACGCCGCCGCCGACAGCACGGACAGCCCUGAUAGGUGGAAUGAUGGAAAGGCUGACCAGUGGAACGCACCCUCAGCUGUGAUUGGCUAGCGCUGGAACGCACAGAGGUCGGUGAUUGGCUGCCUACCUGGCUGUCGUAUCUGUGGUUGGCGGGAGUUCUUGGCUGGCAGGAGCCCGAGGUGAGUGCAUAUGAGAGCGCUGUGUAGCCGGGCAGCGCUGGGUAAUGAUGGCUGCUGCUGGCACUGGCAACGUUUACCAGUCAUUUGUCAGAGUGAGUGACUAGCUGAGCGGCCUGUACCAGUGGGGACACCCAGCCAGGAUGGGAGGAUGCUGUAUGAAAAGUGCUGCCAUGCCAUGCCUUCUGAUCUGGCCAUUGUUUAAUAAGAUUAAUUUAUCCUCCCUGGAGCCUGUAAAUUCAUCUGCUGCCAAUCAACAUAAAGAAAUUAUAAGUUCAGGAAAACAUGGAUCUGCCGACCCUAAGGGAUCUUUCUGAAAAUCAUAAUUUAUUUUUAUAUAUAUAUAUAUAUAUAUAUAUAUAUAUAUAUGUAUAUGUCUUUCUAAACCUUAGUUACCCAACAGGAUGCAAUUUUUUUUAAAGUGUUUUAACAUUCUCUCUCAGAAUCCUGGGAGUUCCAAACUGGACACUAUGUUUGAAGGAAGCUCCUCAGGGCUUAGUGGGUUAUUGAAACAUUCCAAGCACCAUAACCACUAUAAUUGUGCUAUUGCUGGGGGUGCUCUGUUGCCCUCCUUAGGCAAAUAGUCAAACUAUUUGCGAUUGGUUUGGUUUGACCAUAUACCUGGGACCUUCUGGGUGUGUGUCAAAGCCCCCAUGAGGUGUAUUUGCUCAUUUGUGAGACUCCAUGGAUUCGGUGCUUCUCUAUGAGAAGCAUCCAAUUGGCUGAGUGUGACAAGUGGCUGCAUAUCUAGUAGGUCCUCAGUGCUCAUCUGAGACGAUUUAUAGAAUUGGGUGAGCUUUCAUUUGCAAUGUGGUUAGCUGGGUUUGGUCCCACCAGGCAGUUGCAAUGCAAUUAGUUUAUAUCAAAAUCCCUUUCUGACAGACAGUGAUUAAAAUAAUUUUGCUAAGAUCAUAUGGUGCCAACAGCCUGUAACUAUCUUGGAUUUCCUUUUUUUUUUUUUUUUGUAUUCUUUUUCAACAUUCUGAUCAUGCUGAAUGGUUGUGCAAGACUAGCUCUUUAAAAAAAACAAAAAAAAACUUUGCAUUACCUCUUUAAAACAAAUGUAAAAUGAAAAAUAAUUUAAUUGUGUUUUUGUUUUUUUAAGUGGCAUUGUCACUUGUGUGUUUUUUGUACUUUUCCAAACACCCCUGAGUUGAAUUACAACCUGGGAGUUCUAUUUGAGAUCUGUAGGUUCCUACAGUGGUUAGCUAUUCAGCAGUUUAAAGUGCGCUGAGAGAUUCCAUUUUUUUUUUUUUUUUUUUGUGAGUAACCCUUUUCUAAGCUCAUAGUUACAAAAUACAGAGCUGGCAAUACACAUUGAAAUAGUAAAAAGUCAGAAUUGGUGGGAAUUAAAAGCAAAUUUAAAAAAAUAAGGGCAAUUUUUUUUUUUUUCUUGAAAAAGUCAGUUCUGUUUACAAUUUGGCUUAAAUUUGUAAUUCAGUUAGAAUCCCUGUCAGUCUUCAGUUUAGUGAAUAACUCUGCAAAGGUAAAAUAUUUAUUUUAAUAUUUCAUAUUAUUCCAUAUGUUCAGUACAGUGUUCAAUUUGUAUUUUGGCUUACCGAUGUCAUUCACUGUUAAUCUAGUACUUGAGAGAGCUUUAAAAUAAAGAGACAAUCCUCAUUCAGAUGAGAACCCAAAGAAAUGUAUUUUGUAGUGACAAAUGUCAAUAAGGCUGUUACCCAAACCAUUCUAAAUCACGACAUAUAUUAAAGGGACACUAUAGGCACCCAGACCACUUCAGUUCAUUGAAGUGGUCUGGGUGCACUGUCCCAGGACCCAUAGCCUUGCAAAGGUAAUAUUGCAAUUUUUAAUAAACCGCAAUAAUUACCUUUUGAGGGUUAACGUUACUUCUAGUGGCUGUCUAACGGGUAGGAGGCACUAUAGGCAGCUAUAGUGCUAGGAAAAAAACUGUUUUUCUGGCACUAUGGUUUCUCUUGAAUACGCCAUUUUUAUUCAUGGGGUGGUUGUGCAGUCAGGCUAUAUUUUGACCAGUUACCAUGUUUCAAAAAUGUUACUUUUUAGCCAGAAUGUGCUCAAAAUCUAAAACAAAAAACCUCAUUUUAUUGGAGAUUGUGGUUCUACAGCGGAAUGCCUCUCAUGGUUAUUCUCUAAUGUGAAUUUUAAAGGGACACUAUAGUCACCAGAACAACUACAGCUUAUUGAAUUUAUUCUGGUGAGUAGAAUCAUUACCUUCAGGCUUUUUGCUGUAAACACUGUCUUUUCAGAGAAAAGUUUACAUUACUGCCUAGUGAUAACUUCACUGGUCACUCCUCAGAUGGCUGUUAGAGAUCCCUCCUGGGUCAUGGCUGCCUAAAAUGUAUCCAAACAUUCAGGUCUCCUCCCUCUGCAUGCAGACACUGAACUUUCCUCAUAGAGAUACAUUGAUUCAAUUCAUCUCUAUGAGGAGAUGCUGAUUGGCCAGGGCUGUGUUUGAAUAAUGCAGGUUCUGCCCCUGCUCUGCCUCUUGUCAAUCUCAGCCAAUCUUAUGGGGAAGCACUGUGAUUGGAUCAGGCUACCACUUCUGAUGAUGCCAGCUGACUGCUUGUUUUUCUGAGGCAAACAGCAUGCAGAGUUACAGCUUCAGGCUUGACUACAGUAAGAUUUUGCUAUAUUUAUGGAGGCAUGAGGGGUACAGGGGGCUAGAUGGUGGUUUUAACACUAUAGGGUCAGGAAAACAAGUUAGUGUUCCUGACCCUAUAGCGAUCCUUUAAGUCUUAAACCAAAACAACCAAACUUAAAGCAUAGCUGUGUUCGGUUAUAUUGGCCUUUCAUAUGAUAUUUACUUUGAAUUUCCAACAAUUCACACUUUACUAAAUAACAAUUUUCUUCAAUGCCUGUUUUUUUUUUAUUUUUCUUUAAUACAUGUAUCAUUUUUAUAUGGUCUUAUGCUGUAUCGUAGAUGCCUCGGAACGUGGAAGUGAAAGCAAGAGUUCACAAUUGGGCUCACACUCUUAAGGAGUGUAAGAACCUAAGUGAGAGCACUGGGGAAAUAAUUGCACAGAGAGAUGUAUUUUUCAACACUCAAUGUGGCCGACUCAAAUUACGAGAUUUUAAGGUAUUUUGUGUUUUUAUUCCUAAUGUAAUGGCCUUCUUCUUUAGUUGUUCACAUUGAAGCAUUCCAUUUUUUUUAACUUUUUUUUUUUUUUUUGCAUUUCCUCAUAAAAGGUUAUUAGGUAACUUGUGACCUGGCCAGGUAAUUGCAAAUUUUAGGCCCAUCAAACCGUAGCUGGUAAGAUGAGGUUCAGGAACGUUUCCAAUUAGGUUGUCUUGACCUAAAAUAUGAAAUGUGACAUUCUUAAUAAGUUUCCUUUUGGUGAAUAACAACGAUAAUCUAAUUUAUUUAAUCUUUUUCUUUCACAAAUACUAUUCCAUCUCUUUGAUACUUUUAGCAUUGCAUCUGUUAUGAUGAUUUUUGUGAACUUGAAUAAUUUGUUACAGUAGGCCUUGUAUCUGUCUGCCUUGUUUGAAAGAUAAAAUACUUGGUAUUCUCUCUGUCUUGUUUUUCUCAGGAUGGACAAGGUCAGCUGAUCUAUUAUGAGCGCCCAGAUCUUCUUGGACCAAAGCUUUCAAAUUAUGCAAUCUCUAAUACAGCUGAUCCCCAGGGCCUUGAGGUUUGUAACAUUGGCAGUAAAAAAGAGAAGAAACGUUUUUGGCAUUAAGGGGCUUGCUUUAAAAAUGUUUUUUGUAAAUUUGAUAAACCGAAAAAAUGAGGUCUGCGCUUCCAGUUGCAUUGAAAAAGGGGCUUGUGCCCGAAACAUUCUUCUAAUGAAAUGUUUGGUAGCACAUUGGUGCACACUACAACUGGAAGCACAGACCUAAUUUUUUUUCUAUGUUUAUUUGGUUUACACUGCUGGAACUACAGUGGGAGGAGCUGCAGCUCAGGAGAAACUUUUUUUUUUUUUUUGUAUUUUCAAUCCUUUUGAUAUUGCAGUUGCCUGUGCUCCUUUUCUCUGUUUGUAAAUUUGAUGCUCUCUGCCACCACCUUCUCCUAAAAGUUUUUUUUUUUUUCCAUGGUACCAACCACUUACCUACUUUACCUCACAGCUAGAGAGCCAAAAUAAACCCUCUAGGACUCUUGUGGAGUUAGGAGAGGCUCUCCAAGGUACAGUGCACCUGGCUGGGAGUUACCUCUCAGUGACAUGAUCACCAAAUAGGGCUCUAUUUGGAAGGUGACAAGGCAACCACUGAUAACAAAGACUUUAGAAAGUUUCACAAGGAAGAGUACUCGGUAUGAACUACAGCUGCAGAUAAUCUCUAUUUGAGAGCUUGACCACACUCAACGGAGUACUCUUGAUACUCUGUAACAGUGAAUUAACUGUAACAGAGAAAAUAUUUCAAACAACAUCUCCUUUCUUUAGAUGCUGUUUGUCUGUUUUAAUUCUUACAUUUCUGCAUAUCAUCUCCUUAUGCUUGUCUAUGCAUAUAUCUAGACGUAUUAAGAGUAUAUGUGUGGAAUGAUCACGUUGUAUUUCGUUCACUAUUAAGGUUAAUAUUUUAGAAUAUACAUUAUAGGCAGUAUUCCUUCUCCUUUUGCUCGCAACAAAGACUUUAGGUAGCUCUGAUAUCCCGACUGGCUAACUCCGCUGAAAUUUCCUCUAACUAGAAGGAGUUGUUUAGGUGUUUAUAGCCCAGUUCCCCAAACACCAGAUGGUACAUAGUGCUGGGGAGAAUAAUAACCUUUAUUGGAAACGAUGCGAGUUUAUAUACACAGAACACCAGCAUGUGGUCUCCAGCAAAGGUAUAGGUGAUCCCGCCCAGUCGUCUCUGUGCCUGGGAGAGGAUUGCAACAUAUAUGGCCUAAUUUAGUUAUCUUCCAUACACUGAGCCGUACAACACAAACCUGCCCACCCCACAUAUUAUAUCCCCAGAUAGUGCCUAUACAGGGGGUAUAGUGAAAACGCCACUCGGUUCAAGUUUUGACCGGCUAUGGCUAAAGUUCAAGCUCAAAACAGUUCCACGCGGUUUGUCUGAACGUAGCGCUGGACCUCCUACAGUUGGCAUGCCAGCGGUGCCGACUGAUUCACAAUAAGGGGGCUUUAGGGUGGUUCUUCACAAACUGCCCUCCACCAUCCCCCCAAUAGUUUAAAAUAUGCAAUGCAACAUUAUGAAUCAUAUGUCCCCGCACAGGUCUUCAUUCCCAAAACGUUAUUUCCCAACAGCAACUGGAUCGUAAGUGCCAAGCCCAAUGGAUCAUAAAGUACAGUCUUGACCGGAUGUUGGUCGCAUCUUAAUCCAGCGUGGGGUUCCAGACUGGUUGCGGAUAAAUGCCGGUCUUUGAACCGGGAUUCCUUUGUUCUUUGAAAGGGGGGACCCCCCUGGCUCUCACAUAGUGAUAGUCUGCAAUGUCCCUUCCUAUUUCCCCUCUAAAGAGCGCUCUUUUAGGUAUAUGCAAAAAUAGUAUUUUGUUAAAUAGUAUAACAAUAGCACCAGUAAUCCAUGAAAAUAUGCAGGCUCUGUUAUUAGCUCCAUGCACUGCAGUCCGCAAAAGCCAUCUUGUGACCAGGACUUUCCACUCAGCCACCUAGAACCGUACGCCGGGUCGGAGGGUAGUCACUCCACGGCUAAACCUUUCACUCUGAAUAACUUGAGCUAGACACCUCUGAUCCGAGUGCAUUUUGAACUGCUUACUACUCUGGAGGAGAGCUACAUGCGAUUGUCAAAUGGUGUCUGGCAGUUACUCACAACAAGAUAAUUUAACUACCAGACACUGAGGCACAAGGUUUGUGCAAUACCUAUUUUAAUCUUUAAUGACCCCCUGUUGGGGAGAGCUAUAAUCCCUCGAAGGGAAAAGGGAAUCCCUGGCAGCGAUAUUUUUAUGUAAAUGUAAAAAGGGAAGAAAAAAUAAACUGCCUGCACCGUGUAUUUCUUGCAGUAGCAAUCUAUCUGGAAAAUGUUGGUAUCUGUCUUCAACAUUCUAGAUGUAAAAUAUAUAUUUAUUACUAUUUUGGGCACCUUCAAACUUGUGCUCUGUUUUUAUUUAUUUUUGUUUUGUUUUUUCCUUAAGUUUGUUUGUGUUCCCUGGCUGUGAAUUACACCUGCAUGAAAAAAUAUUCACUUUAAUCUUAUGUUAAAUUACUUUAGAUAUUUUUAUCUCCUGCUCUGUCAAGUGAACUCUAAUUACACACAGGAGGCCCCUGAAAGGUUUAGCAAACUAUUAAGAGUGCAGGAGAUAAAUUCUAAAUUAGAGAGACUGUGUAAAAAGGGAACUGUAAACAUUAGCUCUCUCUUUACAGGAAGUGUAAAAUGUUACAUGCAAGGAGGUGUAACUAGGGCUGUAUUAACAAAGUGAUUUAACUCCUAAAUUCACAGAAUUAAGCAGUAAAACUGCAGGGGCAUGAUCUAUACACUAAAACUGCUUCAUUAAGAAGGUGUUUUGGUGAUUAGUUUCCUGUUAAUUCCUUCUCUCACUCACUACAUUAAACUUAAAGCACACAGAAAAACUAUAUUUUGAGAGACUUGCUCUAUAUCAAUACAAAGCAAAAGCAAGUUGCUGCUACAGAAAAAUGGACUUUGCAUUCAAUUACUUGUUAAUGUACAAUGUUUUUAUUGGCAUGGCUAUGGUUAGUCUGUUGACUGCAACUACUUUAAUUGUUAGCUUGGCUUGAUUGUGGUCCACAGUAUGUGUACUGUCCUUUUAUGAAAUGAGGUUUACGAGAGUGAUAAUUUUGUGGCAUGAGAGCUAAAAUCUGGAUUAGUUUAAGGUAAUAUAAAUUAAAAUUAGAAAUAGUUUUAAUCUAGGUCAGGGGUAAGCAAUAUUCGGCACUCCGGAUAUUGUGGACUACAUCUCCCAUAAUGCUUUUACAGCCAUAAUACUGACAAAGCCUCAGGGUAGUCCACAACAUUUGUAGUGCCGGAGGCUGCCUGAUCUAGUUUAGUUGAGUUAAGCAGCUAUCCUCACGUUUUGCCAUUAGCAUCUGACAGUCAAUAAGUGAUGCCAAUAGUGGAGAAAACUGUACACUAAUUUAAAAAGUACCCCAACAUUAGCAAAUGUUAUUUAUGCACGACACUUGACUUCGAAACAAAAAAUACUUUUUGUAGAGUUACUUCAUCUUUAAAUAAGUGAAAGUAUAAAAGGAAUAUACAGCCAAUCUCUGCCACCCUGAAUAUGCAAGUUUAGUUUUGUGCUAAAGAGUAGAAACCUUUACAGAUGUACUAACUCAAAUUGAUUUAGAUUUUAUUAAAUGAAAAAAAGUAUUUUGUGUCUUACCCAUUUGUUACCUUUUUUUUUUUUUUUUUUUUGAGUAGCAGUGGCUAGCUUUCUAACUUUGGCUUCCCUCCAUUAACCUUUUCCUCUAUGCUCCUAUCCCAUACCAAUAUUAGACACUGCAUACUAUUGCAAAGCGUCUCUAUAUCCUACUACCAUGGUCUUGGUGACUUCAGAGGGAGAUAGCUUCAGGUUUAACGUUUUCAAGGUUUUUAAAAUCUUUUUUUUUUUUUUUAUUGUAUACUAAAAGCCUUAAACUUAGCAUUUUCUGUAUACAUGCACUUUCUAGGAGGUUUUAACCCAAGCAUUGGGAAUCCGUGGUUCUGUUGUGAAGGAACGUCUUCUCUUCCUAGUUGGACAGACUCGUAUUCACAUGGACAGGGUGCAGGAUCUUGGAGACUUUGUUGAACUGGAGGUGAGCUAUGGCAUGUUUUUUAUCGUAGCUUAAAGGGAUUCUAUAGUGUAAGCAAUAUUCCUUACACUAUAGUUUCCUCUGCCCCAAUGAUUUACAUUGCAGAAUUAAGAGUGAUAGGAGCACUGCACCCAGACCAUUUCAAUAACUGAAGUUGUCUGGGUGCCUAUAGAAUCUCGUGUUGCACGAUUUUUUAAGUCCCAAAGUAUUUAUUUUGUAACCAGUUUCUUAUAGAAUAUUAUUUGGGCUCUAAUUUUGAAUUUUAUUAUUCUUCUAGCCAAUAUUGUUACUUUGUCUAAUGCUAAUCCAUGUAAGCUACUUCAAAACCUAAUGUGACCUUUUGUUUCUGUAAUGCAGUGUUUACUAAAAACAUUUAUUCAAUUACAUUUAUAUUGCGCCAAGAUAUUCCACUGCACUGUACAUUAGGUAAACAAGACAAACAUUAAUUUCUAACAAAACAUGAUUGACAUACUGAAAAAGUGAACAGGGCCCUGCCCAAACAACUAAUACCUCUUUGAAUAUGCAACUAACUUAGGCCAUAAUUUAAUACUGUUGGAUACGUUUUCCAAAUGAUUUAGUAUUUUGGGAUAAACUUGGAAAAUUAUUUAAAGGAACACUGUAGAGUUAGAAAUCCAAAUGUGUGUUCCUAACGCUAUAGUUCCUUGGUGACCAUUUAGGUUACUGGCCUUCACUUGCAGGGAGGUAAAAAAAUUAAAAAGCAGGAUUACUUACCUUUUUUUUUAAUUUGCAGCGCUAGUCUCCAUAGCUGGCUUUGCCUCCUUGGAUGAGAUCAUAGAGAUGGAUGAUCUUAGCCAAUCCAAUGCCUUUCCUUAUGGUGGCAUUGGGGAGCUAGUGCACAUGCGUGGCAAAAGGCAGCACUGUGCCAAUCUCAUAUUCUUUUUUUACUCUUUAUAUGUCACUCUGUGUCUGAGUGACAGCCACUAGAGGCAUUUAAACAUUGCCAUUCUGCAAAAAUUAAGGUGGGAGGAGGGGAGGUUGGAUGAAGUGGUCUGGUUGCCUAUAGCAUCCCUUUAAUGUUAUAAAUAAUAUAUUUUCAUUUUGUAAUAUUUAGAUUAUUUUUUUUCUGAUUUAUAGGUCUCUAUCCUCUUUUAGAGUAAACAUGUAAUAAAAAUGUUCACUUGCAUGAAAUCACUCCCACAUUCUUUAAAUAUAUCAUGUAUUACAAAGAUGCACAUCAAGGCAGUGACUGACAGCUGGGACCAUCUAUUCAGCAUAUAUUGUUUGGGGCAUGGCCAGUCCCCUUCAAUAUGUUGACUGAAUAAAUAAUUUUAAGUUUAUCCAAAUAUAUUAAAUUGAGGCCUCAGUGCCUCAUAUGAAUAUUCUGCCAAUCUAUCAAAUGUAAUAUGCAUAUUUAAAUAAUUGGAGGGUUUUAAGUAUCACUCCAAUUGCCGUUUAAGAUCACCUGCCACGAAUAAACCUCUGGGAUUUUACCUUUAAGCUGAAAGGAGCAAAGUGAAUUGUUAGUGUAGGACUCACCUAGAGACCUAGAGAGUUAUUUUUAAACCCUUGCACAUUUUUUAACCCUUAAUAGGGAAACCUGGGAUGGGCAGCAGCCCUGUAACAUGGCGGUGUGAUACCAAAGCAAAUAAAAAUAUACAACAUUAAGCACCUCACCUUAACGUGGCAGGUGAGCUUGAAUGUGUUAGGGAGGAUGUUUACUAUAGUAAUUGCUGUCAUUGUGGGAGUUUGAGCACAAGGUUUAAUUUUGUAUAUUUGUAUUUGAUUUUGUAUCACACAGCCAUGGUACAGUGCUGCCACCUGGUCGAUACGUGUGUAGGGGUUUAGAAAAAUAUUCCUCUCUGUCUAAUUAGAGAUUUUGCCUUUAAGCUGAAAGAAACCUAUUGACAUAUAUUUAUGAACACCAAUAUCUUUUCGUUGUAGGUGGUUCUGACGGACUCCCAAACUCCAGAUGAUGGCCAGCACAUUGCCAACAACUUGAUGAAGUCUUUAGGGAUUGCACCUGAGGAUCUCCUAACAGGAGCCUAUGUUGAUCUGCUCCAAAAAGACAAGGGAAAAUAAUAUUUGUUACGUAACAGGUGCAGGGCAGUGCUCAUGCGUGGGACAAGCUAACCUAUGUCAUCUCACCUUAGUAUAUACUAGAAAAAUAACACUGUCCUCAAAGAGGUUUAGUAUAGUUUGUACUAUACCUACAAUACUAUAUUCAGUAGACAUUGGACAGAAUCUAGAGUUUGGGGGAUUUUUCUGAUCUUUCUCUUUAGGUAACACAUUAUCUUACAGACAAGAAGACAUUCACUGUGAAGUGUAAGAGGAAAAUUGGGAACCGUGAAAGUAUCAUCAAAUUUGCUAUCUUUUUAAAAACACAAUACUAUGUUACUUGUAAAACAAUUAAAAUAACCAGAUUUGCAGAGUACUGUACUAGUAUUCUUUUAUUCCAUCCAGACAACCUAACUAUUGCAAAGGUUACUUUCUCUUCAUCACCAAAUCAUGUUUGGCCGAUCUAUCUAUUUUAUAGACUUUAUUUUUUUCUUCUUGCAAACCUGAUACUUUAUAUAAAUUAGACAUUUUUCAGGUAGCAUCAAGUGUGCAUGUAUGCAUGAAAGCAAAAGCAAGACCUCGUGUGCUGUGCAUGUACAUGACCAACCGACAAAUACAGUCUUUGUAAUACAGUUCUUCCACAUGCAGCAUCAGACAUUGCAUAUAUGGCUAACUGUAAAUGUAAGUAAUUCAAUCAAUUGGGCCAUGUCUAAAUGUGACCUGAAUUUGCCAUUUAAUGUUACAAUAAAUGUUUUUAUUAUAAAAGUUU